UCCAUCCCGGCCUGACGGUUGCUGCCAGCUUUGAGGCCCAUCUCUUGCCUUCUCUGCUUCUAGACGAGAAAGACUUACUUCAUUUGAACACCAGGGCGGGGAGCAGGGCCUGGGGAAGACCCCCCGCCCCGCGCCCGUGGAUUCCAGCACAGCACCUUCAUCUAGAGGAAGAAACCCAGAGGGCACCCAGUGCAGCCUGUCUCUCCCCCCAGCCCCCCCCAGGGUGGGGGAGGGCACGGACCAGCAGUCCUGAGCAGUCAGCGCCCAUGCCCGGCCCCCAGGGGGGCACAGGAGCCCCCACCAUGAGCCUGGGCAAACUGUCCCCCAUGGGCUGGGUGUCCAGUGCGCAGGGCAAGAGGCGGCUGACGGCGGACAUGAUCAGCCCCCCCCUGGGGGACUUCCGCCACACCAUGCACGUGGGCCGGGGUGGGGACGUGUUCGGGGACACCUCCUUCCUCAGCAACCACGGUGGCAGCGCCGGAGCCACCCACCGCUCGUCCCGCAGCUUCCUGGUCAGGAAGCUGCAACAGGUGCGCCGGGCAGGGGUGCCAGCCUGGAGGACGGCCUCGCCCCCCGCACCCUCGCCGGCCCCCCCUGCCAUCUCCCCCAUCAUCAAGAACGCCAUCUCCCUGCCCCAGCUCAACCAGGCCACCUACGACAGCCUGGUGGUCGGCAAGCUCAGCUUCGACGGCAGCCCUGCCGGCUCCACCGAUGGCCACUCGGGUUACGGCCUGGACUCUGGGUUCUGUACCAUCUCCCGCCUGCCCCGCCUGGAAAAGCCUAGUGACAGGGACCAUGACCCAGAUGGAGACUGCUCCUUCCCUGUGGCGGAGCCCGAGCUCCGGCGAUCGGACUCUCUCCUGUCCUUCCGCCUUGAUCUUGACCUUGGGCCCUCACUCCUCAGCGAGCUGCUAGGGGUCAUGAGCCUCUCAGAAGCUCCUACAGCCGAGACCCCAAACUCUGCCACAAGCCCCCCCGCUGCUGUCCCUGCCACAAACCCCCUGACCCUGGCUGCAAACCCCACACCCCGAGGACAUUGCCCUAAUGGGGUAACUGCAGGCUUGGGCCCCACGGCUGAGGGCAGAGCCAGCCAGGCGGGGGAAGGACCCCGAGCGCCCCCUGACACGGCCUUCAGCAGGCACUGGGGCACCGGCUGGAGGGCCAGCCGGGGGGGCCGCCGGUACACGGAGAUGGACGCCCGCCAGGAGUUGGCCGGGGUGCUGCCCCAAGUUCGAGGCUCGUGGGAGAGCCUGGAUGAGGAGUGGAGGGCGCCCCGGGCAGACAGCAGCGCCCCUGUACCCCGCACAGUGCAGGCCAGUGCCUUCCAGUUUGCCGAUGAGGAGGAGGAAGAUGAGGUCAAAGUGUGAGUGUGUGGGGGAGGGGCUCAGGGCCCAGCCUGGGUGGUGGUGGGGGGGUUAUCUCAUCAAGAGAAAGCCCAGGGGCUGAGCGUACCCCGCAAUAGCUGGGGCCUAUCAGAUGAGCUAGGAGACCCCAAAUUUCCCCAAAUCCUCUGGCACAAGAGGGUGGACAGAGUCCCAGCUUGUCCUGGGAGCCAGUGUCCCAGCCCAGAUGACCAGCCCCCCCCCGCCCAAUACUAACGGCCCAGUAGCUCUUUCUUAGGCCCCACCCCAGGCGACCCCAACUGACCGGUCCAGACCCACAGAGUGGCCUUUGUGCCCCACGACGCUGCCCUGUGGGGCAAAGGGGAGGCCUGAACUACACAAGGCCAUUGUCUCUGCUCCCAGUGGGACACCUGUCCCAGAGGGUCACCACUGCCUGCCCCCCCCGCCCUACUUGUGGGAGGGAGGGGGCAGAGAAAAGACAGCAGUGACCCUAUUUUCUCUUUCCUCUGUACCCCAGAUCUGCUUCUGGGGCCUGGGUUUUGUUUUGUUCUGUUGUAAUUAUUAAGGCUUUUUUCUUCUUCUUGUUUUGGAUUAAAGAUGCCAGGCAAGAAGCUAGAGCUCCGGCUUCUUCCCCCCCCCCCCACCUCCCCCUCCACCCUGCCCUGUCCAAGAUGCCCUUUCCCUUCCUGGGAGUUUGGAGAGCCCAGGGCCCCCUCGGUAAUGAGUAACCAGGCUGGAAUUCCUGUGAUAAGCAGGGUGCCCAGGUGCAGGCUUAUCUGCAGUUCCUGGAACAGCCCCCGCCCCAGGUGCCUGGAGCCCACAUCUCCCCACCGGACGCCAGAGGGAGGCAGGGGACCCCCCCACAUACACACUUCUGGCUUGUUGGGAGCACUCCCCACUGGGCAGUGUUGUGCCCUUGUGCCUCAGUUUCCUCCCUGUGUCAUGAAGAUACCAGGAGCAUUAAAAAACAACAAAGCCUGCAGAGCACUAACAGAACGCCGU